GAAAUGCUAUAAAACGAGGGCUGGUAAGUACAUAAACCUUUACUGCUGGUCCGUCGCCCCUCCGAAAAACUUCUUUGCUGGCCAAAGAGAUCCUUCUGCCUGGCAUCCCGACUAUCAUCCACCCAUGCACUUCACUUGCUAUAUUAUGCUUGGCCUAGUCUCCGCGGCAUAUGCGGUGCCUCUGUCUACUGUCUAUAACAACAUGGAAGGGGCUUCCGACAAGAGCACACUGUCAUUCCAGGCGCGAGGGUCGCUGCCAUAUGGAAAACUCAUUUCAAGGACAGAAGAGACCGAACCAAUAUUAGCCAAACAGGCGUCACAUACUACAUCCUUGAAUUCCGAUAAGAACGACGAUCAUGAGCCCAUAGACGCAAAUAACCCCAGGCCCGAAGUUUCGGAAGCCAAACACCUUACUUUGGGCUUUGUAGGGGAGAGCAGCCCCGAAACACAGAAAAAUGGAAUGUCACCCGAGGCCGCAGGUCCAUCGCAAACCAAGGGCUCGCGCUUCGGAUUGAGAACGAAACUCAAGACUUGGAGAUCGAAAUUGACAGAUAGAAUAGCCACGUCUAGCUUAACGCGACCGGAGGACAGGUCGGAGUUCAUCCUACAGGAUGUCGGGAAAGAUCCUAUCUCAGAAGGAAAAGGAGGGACUAGUCACUGAACGAAUUGAUGAUUGUAAGUAGUUGUAAGUAGGAGAUGAUGCUUUCUCAUGGUGGAUAGGAUAGGAUAUAAAUUAUACUGGCGAGGUCCGUUGCUCGAACAACCAGUUUACCAUACUACUGUACAUUUACAUAUGCGUCUAUG